ACAGAUUUAGUGUUUAAAAUCGCCUCUGCCCGUCGCCUAUGCCUAUUUAGGUGCGUUGUUUCUUCUUCCUCCUCAGCGCUGCGCAAAGCAAAGAGGAAUAAUUGAAACCAUGUCUCUCAAGUUUUUGGCCCACGCCAAAUCAAAAUUCAAUUCCUUCCGAAAUUUGAGCACAGCAUUACCUAUAAUGAAGGAUGAUAGCAAGUUUAUGGUGGCGCGGAUUACAGGAGUAGGGCAAAUGCACGAAUGGAUCAAUUACUCAGUAAUUUCGAUCAAGGAUAAACGUCCCCAACUCGAAAAAAAUUUCAAAUUUCCAGUCCUCCAGCAUAUUCACAAUCCCGCAUCUAUUUGCAAUGGUUUGUUGCUGCUUUUGUUCAACGGCAACGGAAAAAUUGAUAAAGAUACAGGCAAAACAACAAAGCCUUCCCCACAUGAGGGUUUGUGGAACCCGACCACAAGCGAAAUCAAAACCCUUCCUCCAUCACCCGCAUCCUUGGACCCCAGUUUGGAAAUUUGGGUUUGGGAUGGCAGCAGAUCAUCGUGGUCUCUGGUGUCCACUCUUGUCGUCCCUCUUCCUGUGGGUUUAUAUAGCCUCGUUGGGACUGACAAAUUAAUUUUUUGGAACUUGAAAGGUGAUACAAUGUUUUUCGAUUGUGCGACGAGAAAGUUGGAGAAGAUGAGCUGGGUGCCUACUUCUCCUAUGGAUUCGCACAUUUUUCCUGGCGACCCCAGCAAGUUGUUGAGUGCCAAAACAGUUGGAAUGCCCAUGCAAAGCCUUCUUGGAAAGAGAAAUGAGAUCAAACGCAAGGCAAAUGCAAGAGGUAACUGGGAAACACAAACUGAUGAACUCACUCAAGUGACCAAGGAAGUUGUCAAUGAAGGUGAGAAAACAGUGGGUGUGGAGAGCCCUCAGGAGAGGGUGCUGUUGCAUCUGAUGGAGACGAGGAAGCUGCUGCAAAUGAAGUUUUUGGCCCACGCCAAAUCAAAAUUCAAUUCCUUCCGAAAUUUGAGCACAGCAUUACCUAUAAUGAAGGAUGAUAGCAAGUUUAUGGUGGCGCGGAUUACAGGAGUAGGGCAAAUGCACGAAUGGAUCAAUUACUCAGUAAUUUCGAUCAAGGAUAAACGUCCCCAACUCGAAAAAAAUUUCAAAUUUCCAGUCCUCCAGCAUAUUCACAAUCCCGCAUCUAUUUGCAAUGGUUUGUUGCUGCUUUUGUUCAACGGCAACGGAAAAAUUGAUAAAGAUACAGGCAAAACAACAAAGCCUUCCCCACAUGAGGGUUUGUGGAACCCGACCACAAGCGAAAUCAAAACCCUUCCUCCAUCACCCGCAUCCUUGGACCCCAGGUGUGUGAAGAUGGCCCACUUUUAUUUUGGUUUCGGGUUUGAUUCAGCGUCUGAGGAUUACAAGGUGAUAAGAUUGCUGAAGUUCCGUGAUGACAACAAACAUAUUGCACUCACUCCAGCUGACACCAACAACCCUUUUAGUAGUUUGGAAAUUUGGGUUUGGGAUGGCAGCAGAUCAUCGUGGUCUCUGGUGUCCACUCUUGUCGUCCCUCUUCCUGUGGGUUCAUAUAGCCUCGUUGGGACUGACAAAUUAAUUUUUUGGAACUUGAAAGGUGAUACGAUGUUUUUUGAUUGUGCGACGAGAAAGUUGGAGAAGAUGAGCUGGGUGCCUCCUUUUCCUAUGGAUUCUCCGCACAUUUUUCCGUUCGUCGAGAGCUAUAUGUCAUAUUUUUUGGCCAAGGAAAACAUGUAA